AUGAGGCCCAAGAGUAAACAUGACAAGGCUAGGCUGAACAUCCAGACCAGGUCUGGUGGCCCAAGAAGGGCCCAGGGCCAGGAGACCAGCACGUCCUUGCCGCCCAGCAGGCCCGGAGAAGCUGCCAAUGGGCACUGUGGCCGCCAUGUGCAGACAAGCAAGGGAACUGCAGCUGCCAGCAGCAAAAGCAUCCCGCUUGAUGGCAGUAGUGCACCGCAGAUGCCAGUGGCGGAGGGUGAUGGGUGCACUCCCUCCGCCCUUCGCGAAGCAAAAAACGCCAACGGGAUGCCGCCAGACUCUAAGAUGGCCGCUAAGCCCAAGGCCCUGAGAGUCCUGAGAUGGGUCUCUGGGCAGCCUGCAAGAGUCCCGAAGGGAAGGGCUGUGAGCUUGGGUGCCUGGGUGUCUCGUGGCCCAAGAAGGGCCCAGGGCCAGGAGACCAGCACGUCCUUGCCGCCCAGCAGGCCCGGAGAAGCUGCCAAUGGGCACUGUGGCCGCCAUGUGCAGACAAGCAAGGGAACUGCAGCUGCCAGCAGCAAAAGCAUCCCGCUUGAUGGCAGUAGUGCACCGCAGAUGCCAGUGGCGGAGGGUGAUGGGUGCACUCCCUCCGCCCUUCGCGAAGCAAAAAACGCCAACGGGAUGCCGCCAGACUCUAAGAUGGCCGCUAAGCCCAAGGCCCUGAGAGUCCUGAGAUGGGUCUCUGGGCAGCCUGCAAGAGUCCCGAAGGGAAGGGCUUCCCAGAAUCCAGUCACUGUGGACUCUGCAGAGUAUGUGCUCUGAGAGGGUCAGCUGUGACCUGCAAGGGUCUUGUUGAGAACCAGGACCUCAGCCCAUAGUAAGAGAAAAGGGGUACCUUUCCCAGAGGUUCAAAUCCUGCCAGUGGGUGAGAAGAGGAGAGUGAGGAGCACUGGGGCGAAGCCCCUAAGCAAGUCUGAAAUCUUAACCAUGGCAUCCUUGGCAGGAAUGGAGUCACAGGGCAGUGGCUCGCCAGGGCAGACCAAGGUAUACAGGAGAGUCCUCAAGGUGGUACUGUAUGAUCUGGCCAAGGGAAGGCACUUGUCUCCAGGAGGAAAGGCAGGUGGCCAAGGAACCAGCAUGGAGGCUACACAGGUUCCCGAAGAGCAGGCCAGCUCCAGCUGCAGCCCGCCCAAGAAGCUUUGCCUCCAAGCAUGCAGCCAGAAAGGCCAAGGGCUCUCCCAGAGGAGUCCUGGGAAGCAGGGGUGCCUUGCCUGGGGUCCUGUGGUGAUGGGCUCAAAGAAUGAGCCUGAUGUGCAAGGGGGUGAAGCCCAGGCACACAGUGCUGCUGGGCCCCCUCACUUUGAAAAACAAGGGAGUGUGCUAAGAGGCAGCAGAGUGUGGCCAAGGUCCCCAGCACCUGCAGGAAAAGCUGCUGGUAAUUCAGGGAAGAGAAAGCUGAGCACAUCCAAGCACAGGCUUCAGAGUGCCCCAGCCUCCACGGAGGGCGCCUGGGCUAAAAAUGAGCACCAGGCUGCCUCUGGGAUACCAAGGGGGAGGAAGAGGCGCAUCUCCACCUCCCCCAUAGCCCCAAAGCCACAAGCAAGAGCACAGCGUGUAGGCUUAGAGAUCCGGGCUAUUGGAGGCCAGAGGAAGACCACCUUCCCAGAGGACAAGGAGGACCCCAGCCCAGGGACCCUGAAGGCAGAUGCAAAGGAGGCAUCUGCAGCCUGCAUGCCUCCUAUCCCGAGGCUGAGGAGGUCGCUCCGCCUUGCUAGCAGAAAAAGGAAGAUCCACAUGCUGUGGCCCCUGUACAGGGUCCCGGAACUGGAACCUCAAGUGCACUCAAAGGCGGCCAGCACCAGGUUCCAGAGGAGAGGGGCCGCGACUCAAGAAGACAGCCAAGCCAACAUGGGGGCUUCUUCUGCCCAGGGUCCGAAUACCAUUGAACGAGGAAUGCUGGUCUGGUUCAAAUUUCAGGACCUUCCAUUCUGGCCAGCGGUGGUCAAGAGCAUCAGCCAACACGACAAGAUGGCAAGGGUGCUGUUGAUCGAAGGCAACAUGCAACUUGAGCGCAGCGGUAUUCGUGUCCCUCUCCACAAGCUGAAGCAUCUGGACUGUAGGGAGAAGAUAUCGCUCUUGAGAAGAGCCAGCAGAGUGUACGGCCAGGGCAUAGGCUGGUGCUUUUCAGUGAUCAAUCACUACAGAGAGAACCUGGCCUGCGGCUCCUCCCUGGGCUCCUUUAUGGACUACUACAACGCCCGAGCCAGCUACCCGCUAAGGAGGGCCAUCCAAGAGGGCGACCUGCACAUUGACUUCCCCAAGGUGAGCUAUGCUGACUUAGAAGAUUGGGAAGAGGAGACAGCCCUGGCUGGGAAGGGGCCCCACAAGAAACUCCUGCCUGAUCGCAUGAGGGCUGCAUGGGACAGAAGCAACAAGAAGCUAGUAGACUUCAUUGUCAAGAGGAAAGGGGCCGACCAGCACCUACUGGACAUCGCGAAGGGCAGAACACAGUCCAAGUGGUUAGAUAACCUCCGGAAAUCUAAAAGGAAAGUCUUCUGCAUUGAGACCUACCUGGAGGAUGAUGACCAGUUGUAUCUGGUGGCCAGCCAUUUGCAAAAAUUAGCCAAGGAAGCAGAUGAGGCCUUACUCUCCCUGACAAGAGGAGACAAAGUGCGCUUUACCAUGGAGGUUCUCCUUCCAGAAGCAAUCAUCUGCUCCAUCGCUGCCCUGGAGGAGCUCAGCUACAAGGAUGCAGAAGAGAAGUACCUGCGCGGCCCACCUGUGCACUACCGCGAGAAAGAGCUCUUCGACAAGACCAUCUUAAAGGCUGCCAGUAAGAGGUCAGCAGCCAGGAUUUGGACUGUCAGCGCCCCUCCUGCGCUUGGUCCCACUUCUUAG